AUGAGUGUAGCUGGAGACAAAUCAGACGACGAAUACUCAGUAAUCGGGGACAGGGGAGAGAUUGGGUUUAUAGAUUACCAGAACGAUGGAUCUGCAGGUUGCUACAAUCCAUUUGACGAAGGUCCAGUUGUUAUCUCUGCUCCUUUCCCUUUCAAGAACGAAAAGCCUCAAUCUGUAACAGUUGGAGAGACUUCUUAUGAUUCCUUCACCAUCAAGAACAAUUCCGAUGAGCCUAUUGAUCUCUGGCCCAAAAUCUACGCAUCAAACCCGAAGGAUUCCUUCACGCUCUCAAUCUUGAAACCACCGUCGAAAGAUUCCAACGUGAGAGAGAUACAGGGGUUUUACGAAGCUUUUACUUUGGAAGACAGGAUGCUUGAACCUGGUGAUACGUUGACCAUUUGGGUCUCUUGCAAGCCCAAGGACAUUGGUUUGCACACCACUGUUGUUAGCAUUGUGUGGGGAGAUGAUAGCGUUGAGCGUGUUGUUUUCCUUUUGGCUGAGGAUAAGAUAUCGAGCUCUCUUGCUACUACAAGGCCUUACUCAAGAAACAACAGAAGAGCUCCAAAGAAAGAUUUUGCUGUGGAUAGUUAUGUGACUGGAUCGCGUCCUUCGAAAGUGGUACAGCGUAGUUUUAAGAACAGGCUUCCUCGGUAUGAAAUCCCAAAGGAGAUUAGAGAGAUGAUUGAGAGAAAGGAAGUCCCUGAUGAUUUUAAUGAAGGUCUUACUGUUAAGAACUAUUCAAACUACUUCAAGACUUUACUUGUUAUGGAGGAAUUACAACUCGAGGAAGACAUGCGAGCUUAUGAUAUGGAGAAUGUUUCUAUGAGGAGAAGAGGUCUCUAUUUGUCCCUUGAGGUUCCUGGCCUUGCUGAGAGAAGACCUUCCCUUGUCCAUGGAGACUAUAUCUUUGUUAGACAUGCCUAUGAUGAUGGAACUGACCAAGCUUAUCAGGGCUAUGUACACCGCGUAGAGGCUGAUGAAGUGUAUUUGAAGUUUGCCUCUGAGUUUCACCUACGCCACACAACUGGGAGUGUCUACAAUGUGAGGUUCACAUACAACCGGAUCAACACUAGAAGGUUGUAUCAGGCUGUUGAUGCUGCAGACAAGUUAGAUCCAAAGUUCCUUUUUCCAUCCUUUAACUCCGGGAAAAGGAUGAUAGAGACAAAGCGCAUUGUUCCCAUUUCACCAGCUCUUAAUGCGGAGCAGAUUUGUUCCGUUGAAAUGAUUCUUGGCUGCAAAGGAGCACCACCAUAUGUGAUCCAUGGACCUCCUGGUACUGGGAAAACCAUGACAUUGGUGGAGGCCAUAGUUCAACUCUAUACUACUCAGAGAAAUGCUCGGAUUCUUGUCUGUGCUCCUUCUAAUAGUGCAGCUGAUCACAUUUUAGAGAAGCUCCUUUCUCUGGAGGGAGUUCGCAUCAAGGACCAUGAGAUUUUCAGGCUGAAUGCUGCUACUCGUGCAUAUGAAGAAAUCAAGCCUGAGGUUAUCCGCUUUUGCUUCUUUGAUGAGCUCAUUUUUAUGUGCCCUCCUCUCAAAGCUUUGAAUCGUUACAAACUCGUUGUGUCAACAUAUAUGAGUGCGUCCCUUCUUAACGCAGAAGGUGUUAAACGUGGUCACUUCACUCAUAUCUUCUUAGACGAGGCUGGUCAAGCUUCAGAGCCAGAAAACAUGAUCGCUAUAUCAAACCUCUGCUUGUCAGAAACUGUGGUUGUGCUUGCUGGAGAUCCAAGGCAGUUGGGUCCGGUUAUAUACUCGAGAGAUGCUGAGUCACUCGGCUUGGGGAGAUCGUACUUGGAAAGAUUGUUUGAGUGCGAUUACUACUGCGAAGAGGAUGAGAAUUAUGUGACAAAGCUAGUCAAGAACUACAGAUGCCACCCAGAGAUUCUUGAUCUCCCGUCGAAGCUGUUCUAUGAUGGAGAACUCGUAGCUUCAAAAGAAGACACAGACUCUGUUCUUGCCUCGUUAAAAUUCCUUCCAAACAAAGAAUUCCCAAUGGUUUUCUAUGGGAUCCAAGGAUGCGAUGAGAGGGAAGGUAACAAUCCGUCGUGGUUCAACCGGAUUGAGAUCAGCAAGGUUAUAGAGACAAUCAAGAGAUUAACAGCGAAUGACUGUGUGCAAGAAGAGGAUAUUGGAGUGAUAACUCCUUACAGGCAGCAAGUAAUGAAGAUCAAGGAGGUGCUCGAUAGGUUAGAGAUGACCGAAGUGAAAGUCGGUAGCGUGGAGCAAUUCCAAGGGCAAGAGAAACAAGUGAUCAUUAUCUCAACUGUGAGAUCUACAAUCAAACACGACAAGUUUGACAGAGCCUAUUGUCUGGGGUUCUUGAGCAAUCCAAGGAGGUUUAAUGUCGCAAUCACUCGUGCAAUCUCUCUGCUAGUGAUUAUUGGAAACCCACAUAUCAUAUGCAAGGAUAUGAAUUGGAAUCAGCUUUUGUGGCGAUGUGUGGAUAAUAAUGCUUACCAAGGAUGCGAUUUACCAGAGCGGGAAGAAUAUGUUGAGGAACCAUUUGAUCAAGAAGGGAGCAACAAUGCUCCUCAAUUCUCUGCAGAUGACGCGUGGAAUAGCAGUGGUGAGAUCAACAAUGGCGGCGCGAAGGAGAAAGAUGAAUGGUCUGAUGGUUGGAACAACAAUGGUGGUGGGACUAAGGAAAAAGAAGAAUGGUCCGAUGGUUGGAACAACUAUGGUGGUGGGAUUAAGGAGAAAGAAGAUUGGUCUGAUGGAUGGAACAACGAUGUUGUUAGGACUAAGGAGAAAGAAGAAUGUUCUGAUGGUUGGAACAGCGAUGUCGUUAGGACGAAGGAGAAAGAAGAAUGUUCUGUUGGUGGUGAAGAGAUGAAGAAUGGUGGUGAUUUGGUAGCCGAGAAGGAAGAUGAAUGGUCUGAUGGGUGGAAGUAA